UGGGUCUGGGUUUGAAACGUUUCAUUAGAGAAGAACCCGUCCAGAAGACCUAUACAUUUUUUUUCUUUUUGAUUCAGAGGCAUCACUAACAUAGACCCCAAAAUCAAACCCUGAAACCAAUUUCUAGGGUCCACUGUUCAGUCAGUUUCUGAUUUAUGAUUAAAACAUAAUCACCAGUAAGCUCGUGUUACUUUUUAAUAUGCCAUAAUGGUACUUGGAGAGCUCAGUCUUUUCCAAGGUGGUACUCAUUAGAAAAAACUGAUAAASCACCGACUCACGGUCUAAAAAUGCAACAGUUAAAGUAAAGAAACAGUUAUGGUUAGCAAAAAAUAGAAAAAAUGUUCUGCAAUUUGAACACGUGAUUUUGAAUGGAUUACAAUAACCUGAAGAUUUCAUGACUACAAUAAAUGAAACUACGUACAGAGCGGGUUAACUUCAAAGACAGUCCGUGUUUAGGGCUAUUGGUUGACUUUUAUUAUUGUGUUAUUUGUAUGACUYUUAUGGUAUUUCUUCUGUAGAUUGUUUUAUUUUUAAGUGAUUUUAGCUUUACUGUUAUGUUGCGUUCCAUCAAAACCCCGAACCAAACAUUAGCUUAUAAAAUAAGCAACCGAAACCGCCGACAUCCUGCUUCUUGUGGCUGAAAAUGAUCAGGAGUUGGGAUGUCCGUGAGUGCCUUGAAGGCAGCAUUCGGCUAAUCCAGCUCCUCGGGAACAGAGGGGCUUCCGGAGGCGGAUAAUCCUCAUCUCUGCGGUCAGGAAGGGACAACACUCACCUACAGGGAGUAACACUUUCUGGAAGCUCAUGUCAUCCUUAACAGAAGCUUGGAUGAGCAGGAAAAAAAAUGGACAAUUGUUGCGUUUUUGUGUAAAUAAGAAUUGAAACGUCUGACACCUUGUGUGAUGUGACAGCUGUUCGUGUCGUUGGACCGUCUCGUGUGAAAACUAAAACCCAACAAAGUCGUCUUUUAUUUUGUCGUUUGUGCACCGCGGUGAUGGCGGUGACAGCCAGUCUGGUUUUAACUUUUCUCUCCGCGUCUUUGUGGCGGAUCGGCGGCGAGCCGCUGACCCCUCCGUCCGCGACGACGCAGCUGAAUUCGACGUCCAGCAUCAUCGCCGCGGUCAACCCGGAGGGCACGAGGAACAGAACCGACACCGCCGCCGCCCGGAUCUCCCCGCUGAUGGCGCAUCUGCCCGCUCUGAAGAACAUCGUCAUCUUCAUCUUCGUGCUGACCGCCGCUCUCAUCACCUGUCUGGUCAUCAAGGUGGUCAGAUCUGGCAGGAGAAUCAGGAAAACACGAAAAUAUGACAUCAUAACUACGCCGGCGGAGCGCGUUGAGAUGGCCCCUCURAACGAGGAAAACGAUGACGAGGACGAUUCAACGCUCUUUGACAUCAAAUACAGGUGAACGCCGGCGCCGCCGUCUGGAGCUCCUCGCCACACAUCGAGUGGCUUUUCUGUAUUUUCACGUCAGAGUCCCGUCACGUCACGUCAGCGGCCCGUGGCGCUGCUCGUCCGUGGCUUUAAUCUGGAUUAAAACAAUUCAGAUCUAAUGCUCCUAAGAUGAAGAGGCUUCAUUCAGUUCAGAUGUUCAUAAACUUUAUUUUUAACWAAAUCAAAUCUCAUAUUAAUACUAACCACUUUAUUGUGCACAUACACUGUUUAAAGGCACAGUGUGUAGGAUUUGUUGUUUUCAGCGACAUCUAGUGGUUGAAUCAUCCUCCCUGGUCCUCCCCC